UCUAUCCCUUUCUCCCUCCCCCGUCUCUGUCCGCGGGAAUCCACUUCUCUUCAGCCCACAGCCACAAUGUUGCGCGGCUGCUUAAAAGCCACUGCGGGUGCCAAGCACAGGUUCCCCCGCUACCCGCCCGCUCUUCUCCUUCCUCCCCCUCACUAGCCUCUCCUCCCUCCAAGCCAAGAAGAGAGCCGCGGCCCGCUGACUGAGCAUCCUCCCGGAGAAGCUUCCUUAGCCGGUGCUGGAUCUUGCAGCCAGACUGCGUGCACUCUGCGGUGAAGUGAAUCGCCGGUCGAUGCUUGUGAUGAUCUGAGCCAUGAGCCAAUUCGUGCCAGAUUGGGGAAACAUGGGCGACAUCUCCAGGCCACUCGGGGAAGACGAUGACCUCAUGGAGCUGCUGUGGUGCAACGGCAAUGUCGUCAUGCAGAGCCAGGGUCAUCGGAAGCUGCCGCCGAGGCCUGAGAAGGUUCCGGCGCCGCCGGUGGUGCAAGAAGACGAGGCCGGCCUGUGGUUCCCGUUCGCCCUCGCUGACUCGCUCGACAAGGACAUCUUCCAGGACCUCUUCUGCGAAGAACCACCGGGGGCGGCCGGCGUCGACGGCUCCAGCAGGCAGCAAUCGAUGAGCCUGGCCGACUGCGGCGACAACGCCGGCGGCUUCCAGUCAGACCUCGUCCAGGCUCGCGCCGGGAAGGCAGCGAUGGAGGAGGGCGCGUCGUCGACGCUGAGCGCGAUGGGGGCGAGCUUCUGCGGGAGCAACCAGGUGCAGGUGCAGGGCGCGGUGAGCGACCACGGGCGCGCCGGCCACGCCACUGCCUAUGGCGACGGCGGAGCGGGCAGCGCUCUGCCCUCGGCGGUGGGGAGCGUAAAUGCAAACGCCAGAGGCAGGGGCCACGAGGCCACCGUGGCCUCCUCGUCGGGGCGGUCCAACUACAGCUUCGGCGUCACCGCCACUACCACCACCACCACCGGCACCGAGCCGACGAGCACGAGCAACCGGAGCAGCAAGAGCAAGCGGGGGCUCGACACGGAGGACUCGGAGAGCCCCAGCGAGGACGCCGAGUCAGAGUCCUUGGUGCUGGAGCGCAAGCCGCCCCAGAAGCUCACGACGGCGCGGAGGAGCCGCGCCGCCGAGGUGCACAACCUCUCCGAGAGGAGGAGACGAGACAGGAUCAACGAGAAGAUGCGAGCCCUGCAAGAGCUCAUACCCCACUGCAACAAGACUGACAAGGCGUCGAUGCUGGACGAGGCGAUCGAGUACCUGAAGACGCUGCAGAUGCAGGUGCAGAUGAUGUGGAUGGGCAGCGGCAUGGCGCCGCCGGCGGUGAUGUUCCCGGGCAUGCAGAUGCACCAGUACCUGCCGCAGAUGGGCCCGUCCAUGGCGCGGAUGCCCUUCAUGGCGCCGCCGCAGCAGGGCCACGGCGUGAGCCUGCCGGAGCAGUACGCGCACUUCCUCGGCGUCAACCCCCACCACCACCUGCAGCCGCCGGCCCACCACCACCAGCAUUUCGCGCAGGGGCUGGGCUACUACCCGCUAGGGGCGAAGGCCCUGCAGCAAAGUCCGGCGCUCCACCACGUGUCCAAUGGCAACGCCGGCGGUGGCACGCCUGCCGCUACCGCCAACGCCACGCCGGGGAACGCGAUACACCCAAACAAAAGAUGAGGGUAAUUACAAAAAAAAGUUAAGAGGAGCAAUAAAAAGGAAAGGAGCUGCAGCGUCACAGCAACAAUAUACAUGGAGAAGAGGAAACGCCGACGCGAAUCAAGCGGUUGGCGUCUUCUUCCAUCUUCUGCCCCCUAUGCGAUCCCGGCAGGAAAAUUGUAGCAAAACGCGCAGAUCUCUUUUUUUACAUUUUUGCUGGGAAAUCGUCCGAAUGUCUAGUCUAGCUAACUGAUUAUAUUGUUAAUAUAAUGUUUUGGGUUUUACUCCUGAUA